AUGACAGUCAACGAUGAUAAUCUGCCCGAAGUCUACGACAACAGUUUGCCAGAGGCUGUUCGUAUACCCGAAACAACACACGAACCAUACCAUACGGGCGAACAGAAAGACUAUGCAGCCCAAAACGUUACCGACACGAACGUCACUGCCAGUGAAGAAACAACAAAGGGUAUAAGCACAAGACGGAAGAAAUACUUUAUUGCUCUGGCAAUUUUCCUUAUUGUUAUUGCAGCUGUUGUUGGAGGUGGAGUUGGGGGAGUGUUGGGCUCACAGAAUAAAUCCGAUGCAGAGAAGGAUGACACAACUACAUCAUCGUCCUCAACCUCUAUAUUCUCCUCUACAUCCACAACAACUUCAAGCGACAGUACUACCACCGAGACCUCCGCCCCUUCAACUACAUCCACCGCUCCAUGUACGGAGGGGACAGUUGCUGCUGGUGAAACGCAGAAUUACCUAGGUCUUUGCAAGUUUUCUUGCGCAUAUGGAUACUGUCCACCAGGACCGUGUACAUGUACGAAGCACGGCGAGGGGUCUUCUGCACCUCCUGAAAUUGGUGUUGAGGGUUGUCCUCUUCCCGGUGAGAGCGAGGGCUAUCGCGGGCUUUGCUCGUUUGCCUGCAACCACGGGUACUGUCCACAGGAAGCUUGCACAACGAACUGCUAG